GGGGACAUCUUGCCCACAGAUCCCCUCUGGCUGCCCGAAGGCCCUGCAGAAGCGAAUCUGAACACCUCCAGGUGCACAGAGCCAGCAUGGCGGAACUGCGCCGCACAGACUCCACGCUGUCGGCCCUGGACGAGGAGACGCUCUGGGAGAUGCUAGAGAGCCAACGCUGCAAGAUCGUGGGGAGCAUCUGUCCCAGCCGCCUCACCCCCUACCUGCGCCAGGCCAAGGUGCUGAGCCAGCUGGAUGAGGAGGAGGUCCUGCACAGUCCUCGCUUCACCAACAGUGCCAUGAGGGUCGGGCACCUGUUGGAUCUGCUAAAGGCCCGAGGGAAGAACGGAGCCAUCGCCUUCCUAGAGAGCGUGAAGCUGCACAACCCCGACGUCUACACCCUGGUCACGGGGCUGCAGCCUGACAUUGACUUCAGCACUUUCAGUGGCCUCAUGGAGACGUCCAAGCUGACCGAGUGCCUGGCGGGAGCCAUCAGCAGCCUGCAGGAGGAGCUGGCCCAGGAGAAGGUGCAGAAGGAGGCGCUGCUGCGCCGGUGCCAGGGGCUGAAGGAGAGCCUGGGUGCCGCCGAGGCCCGGGUGGAGGCCCUGCGCCAGCUGGAGGCCGACCACAGCCGCACGAAGCACGAGGCCAGCGUGCACUUCCACGAGGUGCUGAAGCUCAAGGACGAGAUGCUGAGCCUCUCGCUGCACUACAGCAACGCGCUGCGCGAGAAGGAGCUGGCCGCCACGCGCUGCCACAGCCUGCAGGAGGAGCUCUACCUGGUGAAGCAGGAGUUGCAGCGGGCCAGCCUUGUGUCUUCCUGUGAACGGGAAUCUCAAGAGAGGUCCCUGAAGAUGACCAGUGACCUGGGGUCACAGGAGGAGGAGCUGAGCCUCCUCAGGGAGAAAGAGAAGCUCUGCUCAGUGACCUUCAGCCUGGUGGAGAAGGACAUUCUGGAGCAGAGCCUGGACGAGGCUCUGGAGGGCAAGCAGGAGCUGGUGGACCGCAUACACUCCCUGCGGGAGCGCGCCGCGGCCGCCGAGAGGCAGCGGAAGCAGUACUGGGAGGAGAAGGAACAGACACUGCUCCAGUUCCAGAAGACGAAGGUGGACUGCGAGCUGUACAGGGAGAAGAUGACCAUGCUGCAGGGCCAGGUGGCCGAGCUGCAGAAGGAGCGCGACCAGGCAUACUCUUCGAGGGACAGAGCCCAGAUGGAGAUUUCUCAGCGCCUGGUAGAGAAGGACGCCCUGCGCAGGAGGGUGUUUGAGCUGACCGAGCAGGUCUGCGAGCUUCGCACUCAGCUGCGUAAACUGCAGGAGGAGCCCCCGGGAGGGCCCAAACAGGAAGCCGGGGCCAAAGAGCCUUGUGUGAGGAGCAAGCAGCGGCUUGUGAGGAUGCACGCCGUGUGCCCGCCGGAUGACAGCAGCAGCCUCCUCAGCUCCGCCGAGUCCCGACUCUGGUGGGACCUGAGCGCCACAUCCAGCCGCGAGCAAACAGACAGCUUCCGCUCCAGCAGCCCCGUGCCUCCCAGCCAGCAGUCCCUGUACAAACGGAUAGCCGAGGACUUUGGAGAAGACCCCGAGUCUCUAAGCAUCCCCGAAGUCCUGGAGAUGCGCCUGGGAGCCCCUCAGGGGGCCGCAGCAGAUGACCCAGACACGGACACAGACCUGGAUUAUGAGAUCUUGGACAGUUUGGACCUCUCUCAACGUGAAGACAGCCUGCAGAGCUCCUCCCGAAGCCUGAAUUCCUCAGAAAGCAUGCCCGUGAGAAGGAGGCCAGCCCGCAAGAUCUUGAGUCAGGUCACAGUGUUGGCGUUCCAGGGAGCCGCGCUGCUGGAGCAGAUCAGUGUCAUCGGUGGGAACCUCACGGGUAUCUUCAUUCACCGGGUCACUCCGGGUUCAGUGGCUGACGAGAUGGCCUUGCGUCCCGGCACCCAGAUCGUGAUGGUUGAUUACAAGCCAACAGAGCCCUCACUCAGGGCCACCCUGGAGAACAGAACGCUGGAGCAGGCCAUCGGGCUGCUCAGGAGGGUGAAUGGCUCCUGCUGCCUGUCUGUGAAGGUCAACACCGAGGGUUAUAAAAAGCUAGUCCAGGACCUAGAUGCCAAAGUGGUGACCUCAGGGGACUCAUUCUACAUCCGGGUGAACCUGACGCUGCAGGGGAAGAGGGAGGGGGAGCUGCAUGCAUGCUGCAAUGACAUCUUGCAUGUCACCGACACCAUGUUCCAAGGCUGCGACUGCUGGCACGCCCACCGCAUCAACCCCUACACCAUGAGGGACAUGGAGCCCGGCACCAUCCCCAACUAUCCACAGGCUCAGCAGCAGCUCCUCACCCUCAUCCGGGACAUGACACAGCGGUGCGCGGUUUCCUGCAAGUCUUCUGGGGGACCCCAAAAGUUGGUCCGAAUUGUCAGUGUGGACAAAGCCAGUGCCGGUCCUCUGUGCUCAUCCUUUGACCAGGGCCAGCUGGAGUCUGGCAGAGCAGAAGGUGACUCCAGUGUGUGCUUCUGGACUGAGGGCGGCUUCACCCUGGCGCCUUACACCCUUGUGCACCCCCACAGGCCUGCCCGGCCCAGGCCAGUGCUCUUCGUGCCCAGGGUUGUUGGGAAGAUCCUGAGCAAAAAACUGUGCCUCCUCCCAGGCUUUGCCAAGUGCCCAGCAGAGCACUUGAGCCAGGAGGAGUACGAUGCCUGGAGCCAGAGAGGGGACAUCAUCCAGGAGGGAGAGCCAACUGGUGACCACCGCUGGCUGACCCGCCAUGCUGUCGAGUCCGUCAUGAAGACGAACACCCACGCCCUGCUGGAUGUCCGGCUGGACAGCAUCCACGUCCUGCACAGGAUGGACAUUUUCCCCAUCAUCAUCCACAUCUCUGUCAAUGAGAAGACGGGGAAGAAGCUGAGGAAGGGCCUGCAGCGGUUCAGCACGUCGGAGGAGCAGCUUCUGGAGGCGGCCAGACAGGAAGACAGAGACUUGGACAGAUCACCCUGCCUGUACAGCAGCCUGGCCCCCGACAGCUGGAGUGACCUGGACAGUCUGCUUGGCUGUGUCCGUCUGGCCAUUGCGGAUGAGCAGAAGAAAGUGGUGUGGACAGAGCAAAGCUCCUGCUGAAGUGUAUGCCCAAGGCGCCUUCCCUGAAGCAGUCGCCCUGCACAGGACAGGUCGCAGAGCCGCGUCCAUCCUGGUCCUGACUGAUGUCUUGGCUCCUGUCAGCCCAGUGCCGCCUCAGAACCUCUAGGCCACAAACAUCCAUAAAUGAAGUUCCCACGGCAGAGAGACUCUGGUGGCUCUGUGGCACACAGCCUGUGUCCAGCUGCCUCCCUAACCAGCUCAACGCCAGGCUGCUCUAGCUCAUGCCGAUAGCCCCUUCCUGGGUUGAGGACUGCCUCCUAACACGGCAUGGCCCCUUGACCCCUUCUUGGAGCCUGGCAUCUCCAUUCUGAGGACAUGGCCACUUGGGCAUGCUUAGGUAAGACUGCCACCAAGCUUUUGAUUUCUGCCUCCAGGGACUGCCGUAGACUGAAUCAUUUUGAUAGUCCCCGAGAUUCCAUGU